AUGAUGAAGUUUUUGAAAUUUUGUACACGUAUUGAUUUUCUCUUAAUUGCCAUUGUACUUAUGUCAACAAUCGAAUUAUCUCGAGCAGCAGCCCCCUCACGAAAUCUUCCUCACACUGAUACGAUUGUUGAUGAUAGUAAUGAUGAUGAUGAUUCUGAUAUCCAGGAACAACAGCAAAUAUAUGAUUUAAAUAAAUUACGACAUUUUCUAUUGACAUCAAAUGCUGAAGAACGCGCUGUCAGACGAAAACAACAAGAUUUUGCCAAGCAAACAUUAAUCCGUGAAUAUCUUCAAUCAUUAUCCGAUCCAGAUUCUACUCGAUUUCAAGAAAUAAAAAAACGUUUCAAGACCUACUGUAACUCCUAUGAAGAUCUAAUGUAUUCCAAUGGGGCAGCAUGCGGCUAA